GAUCCCGGUCCCGCUCCCGCUCCCGUGCCGCGCCGCACGCCGAUGGCUGCGGGGUCUCGCGGCGCCGUACGGGCUCCACGAGGCAGGUGGCCCCCGGGCCCAGGGAGGCAGCGGCUGCAGCGAGGACGAGGAGGGCGGCGCGGAAGCCAGCCGUAGUGCUGUCACCGCGGUCCCGGGAGGCCGCGGGCUGAGGCAGCGACGCGGACGUCCUGCGCGCACCCCCUCUCGGCGGCUCUGCCGGCCCCCUCCUCCGCGGCGGCCGCGGCCUCCAUCUUCCUCUGGCUGCCUGUGGCAGCGCUCGUCUGAGGAGCGGGGCUGAAAGACACACAGAAGUCUUCAUGGAUAUAGUUGGUACAUUUAAUCAUUUAAUUCCUACUGAGCACUUAGAUGAUGCCCUAUUUCUAGGAUCCAACCUGGAGAAUGAAGUCUGUGAGGAUUUUAGUACAAGUCAAAAUGUCUUAGAGGACUCGCUGAAGAACAUGCUCAGCGAUAAGGAUCCUAUGCUAGGAUCUGCGAGUAACCAGUUCUGUUUGCCCGUUUUGGAUAGCAAUGACCCCAAUUUCCAGAUGCCUUGUUCAACAGUUGUUGGUCUUGACGAUAUUAUGGAUGAAGGAGUUGUUAAAGAAAGUGGUAAUGAUACCAUUGAUGAAGAAGAAUUGAUUUUACCUAACAGGAAUUUGAGGGACAGAGUAGAAGACAAUUCAGUGAGAUCACCAAGAAAAUCACCUCGUUUAAUGGCACAAGAACAAGUAAGAAGUUUGCGACAAAGCACUCUUGCCAAGCGUUCAAAUGCAGCACCUCUGAGUAGCACAAAAAAAGCAUCUGUGAAGACUGUGUCUGCCCUGAAGGCUGGGGUGAAACCAUCAGAAAGAUGUCAGGUUAAAGAAGAAGUUUUUGCAUCAUUGAAAUCCGAGUACCCUAAGGAGACUAGAAGGAGCAGCCGACACUCUGAACACAGUGAAGUGGUACCAGAAGUUUCCGUAUCUUCAAGUAAUUCCUCAGUAUCACCUUGUGUUGAAAUGAAGGAUGACACUGGCUUAGAUCCCAAGCGUGAGUGUAAUAACCAAGGUGAAGCAAGCGUGCCAUCUCAUGAAUUAGAUUGCCCGCUUCUUUCAGAGACCUGUGCUGCUAUUGAAGAGAAGAGUGAAGCCCUGAUGGAGUGUGAGAUUAAGACUGUCAGUGCCCCAUUGUUUAAGUUUUCAGAUAAAGAAGAUGAACAGAAUGAUCCUGUUUCAGGUAAAGUGGAUGAAACUAUUGAAGAAAGAAGAGUAAAGGGAAAAGUUGAACAAGAAUCAAAGGAGAUAAAGUUACCCCAUGAAGGUAACCAAAUGAUUGAAGAACCUGAAUCUUCUGAUACAUCUGGAGAUUCUGUUUGUACAGAUGCAAAUAAGGCAGAAAAGAGCCUGCUAGGUUUGUCUAGUUCAGUGGACGAAGUGGCUGAACGUAAUUUGGAAUUGAAGAACACCACGGAUAUUGUUGAUAAAGCUGAGAACUCCCUUCAACAAAAUCAGAUGGAAACACUGGGGUAUUGUGAAGACAUGGAGUCCAAUGAUGCUCAGUUACAGAGCACAGAGUUUAGUAAAUCAGAUUUGAAGGUGGUUGAUACUUGUGCUUUUGAACCAGAAACUAGUACUUUAAGAAAUAAUAUUUGUGAUGUAUCUGACCAAAAUUCCAAAGAGUUGAAUAUUAUUCAGAGUAUUAAAGUGGAGUCUCUUGAAACAGCAGAUCUUCAGGAUAAUAGAAGUAGUUUAGAGCCCCCAGACAUAAAACCCAAACACACAAAAUCUGUAGCUCAUUCUAAACAAAGCAUGACCACAGAGACCCCAAGGAGAACUGUUGCAGCAAAACACGAAGUAGUUCAUAACAAAACUAAAGCUAAUGUCAAAAGAGUGAAACGAAAUGUUGAUGAACCAGAAUCCCAGCAUGAUUUUCACAGGCCAGUCAAAGUACGAAAAAAACAAGUUGAUAAGUAUUCAAAGAAUCAGAGUUGUAAUUCUGGUGUUAAAUCUGUGAAAAGCCAAGCUCAUUCUUUAUUGAAAAAAACAUCACAGGAUCAAAAUUUAGUGCAAAUUUCUAAACCUUUAACUCAUUCUCUUAACGAUAAGCUUCAUGGUCACCCUAGCUGCUCUAAGGAGCUUCCUCAUCCUGCACAAACUGGACACCUACUACAUUCUAGCCAGAAACAGUGCCAUAAGCCUCAGCAACAGGCACCAGCAGUGAAAAUCACUAGCCAUGUGAAGGAAGAACAGGAGCAUCCAGGCGGUGAGCAUCUUAAGGAUGAGGACAAACUGAAACUAAAAAAACUUGAGAAGAAUGUACAACCUCGCCAGAGGCGAAGUAGCCGAAGUUUUUCCUUGGAUGAGCCACCAUUGUUCAUUCCAGACAACAUAGCAACUGUAAAAAAAGAAGGCUCAGAUCAUGGCUCCUCAUUUGAAAGCAAAUACAUGUGGACCCCCAGCAAGCAGUGUGGGUUUUGCAGAAAACCACAUGGCAACAGGUUUAUGGUUGGCUGCGGGAGAUGUGAUGACUGGUUUCAUGGUGAUUGUGUUGGGUUAAGUCUUUCUCAAGCACAACAGAUGGGAGAGGAAGACAAGGAAUAUGUUUGUGUAAAAUGCUGUGCUGAAGAAGAUAAAAAGACUGAAAUAUUAGACACAGAUAUUUUGGAAAGCCAGACUGCAGUUGAAGUCCAGAAUGAAGAUAAAACAGUAGAGUGUGAAAAGCUUGGCUUAUCUAAACACAUGAUAGCAAAUGACAAAAGUAAAUACAUGGAUGAUACAGUAAAGCACAAGGUCAAAAUUUUAAAAAGGGAGUCUAGUGAGGGCAAAACUUCAUCUGAUUGUAGAGAUAAUGAAAUCAAAAAGUGGCAGUUAGCUCCUCUUCGAAAGAUGGGACAACCAGGUUUACCUCGGAGAUCUUCAGAAGAAAAAAGUGAAAAAACACCCAAAGAGCCUAUAACUGUCACUUGCACAGGAGAAAAAGCAUCAAAACCAGGAACUCAUGAGAAACAAGAGACCAAAAAAAAGAGAGCUGAGAAGGGAGGACCUAAUGCGCACCCUGCUGCCGCCACCUCUAAGCCCUCUGCGGGUCAGAUCCGACAGAGCGUCCGGCACUCUCUUAAAGACAUCCUCAUGAAAAGACUUACAGACUCAAAUUUGAAGGUACCAGAGGAAAAGGCAGCAAAGGUUGCCACAAAAAUUGAAAAAGAGCUUUUCUCCUUUUUUCGGGACACAGAUGCUAAAUAUAAGAAUAAAUAUAGAAGCUUGAUGUUCAAUCUGAAAGAUCCUAAGAAUAAUAUAUUAUUUAAAAAAGUACUGAAAGGAGAAGUAACCCCUGAUCAUCUUAUAAGAAUGAGUCCUGAAGAACUAGCUUCUAAAGAGCUAGCUGCAUGGCGACGGAGGGAAAACAGACACACCAUAGAGAUGAUUGAGAAAGAGCAAAGGGAAGUAGAAAGACGACCAAUCACAAAAAUAACUCACAAAGGUGAAAUUGAAAUUGAGAGUGACGCCCCAAUGAAAGAACAGGAAGCAGCCAUGGAAACUCAGGAACCUUCAGCCGGUAAAUCAUUGGAGAAGCCAGAAGGAUCUGAAAAACAAAAAGAAGAGGUUGACUCCAUGUCUAAAGAUACCACUAAUCAACACAGACAACAUCUUUUUGAUCUUAACUGCAAAAUCUGUAUAGGUCGAAUGGCACCACCUGUAGAUGAUCUGUCUCCAAAAAAAGUGAAAGUUGUUGUAGGAGUAACCCGUAGGCAUUCAGACAAUGAAGCUGAACGCAUAGCAGAUGCACUGUCUUCAACUACAAAUAUCCUGGCUUCUGAGUUCUUUGAAGAUGAGAAACAAGAGUCUCCCAAAUCAACACUCUCUCCUGCUCCACGUCCAGAGAUGCCUGGAACUGUUGAAGUUGAGUCUACUUUCCUGGCUCGAUUGAACUUCAUCUGGAAAGGUUUUAUCAAUAUGCCUUCUGUGGCAAAAUUUGUUACCAAAGCCUACCCUGUGUCUGGCUCCCCUGAAUACUUGACAGAGGAUCUACCAGAUAGUAUUCAAGUAGGUGGCAGGAUAUCACCGCAGACAGUUUGGGAUUAUGUGGAAAAACUAAAAGCAUCAGGAACCAAGGAAAUCUGUGUGGUUCGCUUUACACCAGUAACUGAAGAAGAUCAGAUUUCUUACACUUUGCUGUUUGCGUACUUCAGUAGCAGAAAGCGCUAUGGAGUAGCAGCUAACAACAUGAAGCAGGUUAAAGACAUGUACCUUAUUCCUUUGGGUGCUUCAGAUAAAAUCCCACAUCCUCUUGUGCCUUUUGAUGGACCUGGACUUGAACUGCACAGGCCUAAUCUGUUGUUGGGCUUAAUUAUUCGCCAAAAGCUGAAGCGGCAGCACAGUGCUAGUGCUGGUCCCAGUCAUACAGCUGAGGCUCCUGAGAGCGUGCCCAUAGCCCUGCCACCUGACAAAAAAAGCAAAACGGAAUCUGCUGCAGAGGAAGCACCUGAGGAAGAAAAUGACUUUUUUAAUUCCUUUACAACUGUACUGCACAAGCAGAGGAACAAGCCUCAGCAGCCUCUUCAGGAAGACCUUCCCACAGCAGUUGAACCCUUGAUGGAAGUUACCAAACAGGAACCACCAAAGCCUUUAAGAUUCCUGCCUGGGGUACUGAUUGGCUGGGAAAAUCAACCUUCCACUCUGGAAUUAGCAAACAAACCACUUCCUGUGGAUGAUAUACUUCAAAGCCUUUUGGGCACCACUGGUCAAGUAUAUGAGCAGGCUCAGCCAGUGGUAGAGCAAAACACUCUUAAAGAAAUUCCAUUUAUAAAUGAUCAGACCAACCUAAAAGCAGAGAAAAUAGAUAAAGUGGAAGUAACUGAAGGCGAAUCCAAGGAGAUAAAAGUUAAAAUAGAUAGUCUUUCAGAAACCACAGGGAAUUCAGGAGUAGAAGAAACUUCAUUAGUGCGAUCCUCUUCAGUUUCUCCAGGGACUUUAACAAAUCUUAGUCUGAGAGGGAAACCACCAGAUGUUUCUACAGAAGCGUUCUUAACAAAUUUAUCAAUUCCAUCAAAGCCAGAGGAAACUGUGGAGAAUAAAGAGAGAACAUUAAAAAGACAGCUGCUCCAAGAACAAGAGAACACUCUGCAAGAUAAUCAGCCUUCCAGUAAUUCUCCAUGCAGGUCUAACACAGGAAAAGGACACAUAGAUGGCAAUACGGGUUGUAGUGAAAAUCUUGUUGCUAACACGAGGUCCCCACAAUUUAUCAACCUGAAAAGGGAUCCUAGGCAAGCAGCAGGGCGGAACCAGCAGAUAACUGCUUCGGAAGGUAGAGAUGGAGAUAGCUGCCGAAAUGGGGAAAAGCAUACUCUGUCUGGGCCAUCACACAGCAAGGAGCUCUUAGCAGAACAAAGCAUUGUAGAAGAAAAGUUGUGUUCUGUAGAGAAGAACUUAUGUGUUGAGCAGAGUGAUGAUUCAAACAUUGCACAGGACUCGUCAUCAGUAGAAAACGUAAAUUCUUCCCAGGCAGAUCAAGCAAACCCUUUACAGGAGGAGAUUUUGACACAAAGUAUUGAAGCCAUUCACCCAUUUAGAAGAGGACCAGCUGCAGCAGCAGCGCAUUUUGAAGUUGGUAAUACAUGCCAGUCAGAAUUUCCUUCUAAAACCAUCGGCUUUACUCCCAGGAGCACCAGCCCCAGAGCAUGUGCAAACUUCUCACCCAUGAGGCCACAGCAACCCAACCUUCAGCACCUCAAGUCUAGCCCUCCUGGAUUCCCAUUUCCAGGACCUCCUAAUUUUUCCCCUCAAGGCAUGUUUGGAUUUCCACCACAUUUGCCACCUCCAUUACUUCCCCCUCCAGGCUUUGGCUUUGCUCAAAGUCCCAUGGUUCCCUGGCCACCUGUUCAUCUCCCAGGCCAGCCACAGCGUAUGAUGGGCCCUCUUUCACAAGCAUCAAGAUAUAUGGGCCCACAAAAUUUUUUUCAGGUUAAAGACAUUCGGAGACCAGAAAGGCGCCACAGUGACCCUUGGGGUAGGCAAGACCAACAGCAACUGGAUAGGCCAUUUAAUAGGGGAAAAGGGGACCGUCAGCGAUUUUACAGUGAUUCACACCACCUGAAAAGGGAAUGGCAUGAAAAGGAAUGGGAACAAGAAUCUGAAAGGCACAGACACCGAGACCGAAGCCAGGACAAGGACAGAGACAGAAAAAGCAAGGAGGAAGGACACAAAGAUAAAGAGAGGGCACGGUUAUCACAUGGUGAUCGAGCAGCAGAUGGGAAAGCAAACAGAGAUAACAGGAAUGCAGACAAGAAACCAGACAGACCUAAAAGUGAAGACCACGAAAAGGAGAAAGAACGAGAGAAGAGUAAACACCGGGAAGGGGAAAAGGACAGGGAUAGGUACCACAAAGACAGGGACCACAGUGACAGAGCGAAAAGCAAAAGGUGAAAAUCAACAGGCUCUUCAGCACUGCAUUGAAUAACUGUUACAUGUUGUGUCUUUAUACGGUUGCCUGGUAGGAUUGUGCCAUCUUUUAAAUUUUUACUGUUGGUGGUCUGCAGAACAAUAAAUUCUGCGUUGGUGCAGCGUGCCCUACACCAGUGCUCAUCAGCCCUUCUUCAUACCACUGUCCCUAGUAUAGGAAUUUAAUAUUUUUAAAAAGUUUUACAAUGCUGUAUAUUCAAAGAUUUGUUUUAUUAAUAUGCAAUAAAGGCUUCAAAUUUUUAGUUUUCUUCCUUAAUCGGUAAAUAUGGUUGACUAUGGGAUAUAUUUACUGCCUCUAGUGAAUGUCCUUUAUACAAUGACUAAUUUGAGAGUAAUGUGUGCUCUGUACAUUUGUUUUCAAUGCACUGUUUUUAAAGAAAAUCUUGGAGCAACAAAAAAGGCAAGCAGCUUCAUAAUCAGAAUAUGCUGAUCAUUUAGUUGGGCAGUUUUUGACCAAGCCUUCGAAGCCCAGGGAGUACGCUUACUACUUUAAUCUACGCUCUUUGAAGGCAUUUUGUGGUAGCCAUCACUUUCCUUUUCCUUUUUGGCUCUUCAGAAACUUGAAUACUUAAGCUUGUACAUGAUCUUGUGUUUUGCUAUCCUUUUUACUGUAAAAUGUAAAUAUUUUAAGGGAUAUUUUGAUUCUAAAUACGAUAAAAGAAUUUCUCAUCUACUUUGUGUGUGUGAUUUGAAAUUCAGUAGUAAAAGAAUUUCUUCUUUAAAGCUUUUCCUUGAGACAUUAUUCUUUCACUCAGCCAAGAAUAUGUACACAUUACGGGGGCGGGGGGGGGAACAGUUGUUUUCAACUUGUAGAUUAUUGGUUGCGAUGAAUCACUUCUAAAGAGGCUGGUACUUGGAACUGCCAGCAGGCGUUUUUGCAGUUAACACACUUAAUUGCUGUUUUGUUUCUGAAAACUUAUUUACCAUCAGAUUUUGUUAUACUGACUCACAAUCAUUGUAAAACUUCAGAAUGUUUUCAGUGAAAUGUGUUUUGUAAAAUUGUAGGGCAACUGUAAAAUGAAUAUGCCAGUUUCACCUGAAAUAGAAAACACAUGGAACUGUUGUUAAUCCAAAUUUAAAUUUACUGACACCCUAAAAUAUAUACUGUACUGAUGUCUAUAACCUAAAGCAGUAGCUGCCAGAUGAUGAUAACACUCAAGACCAAACGAGUGAUUGGUGUUUUGUCCUACCUGUACCGAUGAAGAAAGAUGUAAGUAGUUCCACAACAUUAAGAAAAUCAUUCUUAAAAAGUCUAAGGAUGAGUGUCAGGUUUUGAAAGUGAAUCAACUUUAUUAAUUUCCCUGGAGAGAAUAACAGAAUCAAGCAUUUUGUCUUAAUUGCUUCAAGGGUUACCACAGCCCCCCCAUCUUUAUUCCCAGAAAUUUAUCAUCAUCAUGAAAGUUCUAAAAUGGAGGGUUUUCAUUUAAAUAAAGUAUUUUUUAACUUUG